AUGAUUUUCCACAAUAUGUUGUUGGUGCUCUCAGUCGUGAUACUGUCUGCUCAAAGCCUCACCAGCUCUGCAGUUCCAGAAGGGGUGGCCUUCCGAGCCCUCCAGGCUAAAGUGGGUAAUGCGAAGAUGGUGCCCGAAGGCGAAGCAAACAAGAUCUUAAACAUGAGGGACCUGCUUUUGAAAAAAGCAAGAUAUGCCAAGGACUGCAAUGAACUCUUACGACUAGGUUUCAAGCAAAGUGGCCUCUAUGUCAUCCAGCCAGAACCAGUAGUAGGCACACCCAUGAUUGUGGUGAACUGUGAAAUGGAAUACGACUGUGGUGGAUGGACAUUGCUGGAAAAGAACUCCAGACAAAGCCCGCUGACGUGGAACGAAACUUGGAGCACAUACGAGUUUGGGUUUGGGAAUGUUCUGGCUGACCAUUACCUUGGCAAUCGUUACAUCCAUUACUUAACCAGCCAAAUGUGGUAUAAAGCAAGAGUAGUUUUGGAUCAGCCAAACAAGGCAAAUAAAAUCAUUCGGAGAUACGCAGAGUAUGACAUGUUCCGGGUCGGUUCAUUAGGCACUGGCUACAAACUAUAUCUUGGCAGCUUUAAUGGUAAUGGUGGGGAUGGUAUGACUGUUUUUAACAACCUGGUUGAUAAUAUGCCUUUUAGCACAAGGGAUCGGGAUUCAGAUCAGGAUUCAGCUAACUGUGCGCUGAAGUACGGUGGGGGGUGGUGGUUUAAUACUUGUGCUUCUGAUACCCCCUAUGCUAUGUUAACCCAGAAAGAGUCCAUUAAUUGGCAGCCCUUUUGCGAGAACUGUUCUCAAGUCCAAGUCAUGGUCAGGUCUGUCAACAUGCAUUGCCCCAGGAGAGGAAUGAUGACCAGACACUAA